AUGUAUUGUACUACUUUGUAUUUGCUAUUCACAAUAUUUAUAAAAGAAAACAACUGCAAGCAUCAAGGAUUACGGAUAAUUGGAGGCACAGACGCCAUCGAAGCUGAUUUUCCGUACAUCGCAAAAUAUGAAUAUCUAAUUCACAUACAUAAAGAAAACAAUAGAGUGGAAAAUGAGCACGUUUGUUCUGGGAGCGUCUUGACACCCACUUGGUCGCUAACUGCCGCCCACUGCCUGGACAUCAAAAGAAAAAAGGUUGGAAAACGCUUCACGGUGAUACCAAUCAUACGGUAUGGUACACUCGAAUCUAAUGCUAUAAGCAACGUACUCUUCUCAUUCACCCAUCCCGCGUAUAAACAUACUAGUUUAAACAGUGUUGAAAACGAUAUAGGGUUAGUCCAAACUGAGAAUAUACCUCUAAAGCAGUAUGGACGAGUAAGUGCACUUGAUUUUAUUACUAUGGUUGGUCAACAAGCAACCGUGGCUGGUUUUGGACUAACUAACAGUUCCGAUGGGACUGUAGACAGCACGACGAAGUUGAAGAAGCCGUUACAGCUACUGGACGUGGUUGUAGUACAUUGUAAGGAUAAUGGUUUGAAGCCGGCUUUAUGUCUAGCCAGACGAUGUGGUAAGUCCUCAGGAGUUUGUCCAGGAGACUCUGGUGGACCGAUGCUCCAUGCAUCAGGUAUUGUUGGUGUCAACUCUAUUGGUCCGGACGACCUUGAAUUAUUCUGCUCAAUGAAUGAAACAGGUCCAAUUUACGACGCCGCAGGAGUAACACCCACAAGUCCUUUUAUUGACUGGAUUAGUAAUACCAUUAAUGGGCAUGAUAAACCUGGUGAGACAAAACAUCAGAUUCAAAGAAAAUAUUUAAAAUCUCAAAAAAUUUACUAGAAAUGCAACUGUGCAGUCUUUCUUAUGAAAGAGAAAAUGGAAUCGGAUCUUUACAGCCUGUUAUUUCAUCGAUGAACAUAAAUGUACACCAGAUAACCCUUCUGAGUGUUUAAAGGUUUUCUUUUAGAUUAUAAAGAUCCAAAAGAUCAAACAAAAAAGUUUAGAGCACAUUAACAAGUGUGAAAAAUACUUACCUACAAGCUCGACCAGAAAACCUAUAUUGACAUCUUCGAGAAUGAGGACUAAGAUCAGAUGACUGGCUUCUGCGAAUCGUUGAGAACAACACAUAGUAACUUGGGACGUUUUACUGCAUGAUAUCGAAACAUGCAUCGAAUGCCAGUUAUCUGAGCUUAGUCUAAACCCAUCGCAACGAAAUUCUGUUACCAAUAAAACUAU